CCCAGCUCCCCCUCACCUGAGCGGGGUCCUGGCAUUCCCAGCGCCUGUUGUGGUCUGACUGUGCAGCCUGAUGGUCCAGACUGGGAGGGACUGGGAGGGACUCAGUGGCCGGGGCAGGGGCUGUGCUGGCUGUCCCCCUCCCACCGCUUCAUCUCCCUGGCUGCAGGCUGGACCUGCCGCGAUGACUGCAAGUACGAGUGCAUGUGGCUGACAGUGCGGCUCUACGUCCAGGGCGGCCACAGGGUGCCCCAGUUCCACGGCAAGUGGCCCUUCUCGCGGUUCCUGUUCUUCCAGGAGCCGGCCUCCGCCUUUGCCUCCUUCCUCAAUGGCCUGGCCAGCUUCGUCAUGCUGCUGCGCUACAAAGCCGCCGUCCCCCCCGCCUCCCCCAUGUACCCCACCUGCGUCGCCUUCGCCUGGAGGAAUGUCCAGCGAGGGUAG